AUGGAGGCAACGUCCCCCCGGCCUGGGCUGCUGCUGGCCGUGCUUUGCCUGCUCGCGUCCCACGGAGGGUCGGCAGCUUUCCUGAUCACCACCCCGUACUCGCUCUGCGUCUGCCCCGAGGGUCAGAACAUCACCCUGACCUGCCGGAUCAGUGGUCCUCUCCUCGACCGCCACGACCUGCUCUACAAAACGUGGUACUUCAGCAGCAACGGUGACCAGAGCUGCUCCGAGAGGAAGCACAUCCGCAACGUCACCGAGAAGGAGCUGCACCAUGAGCCGGGCAGGCACCAUGAACUGCGGGGCAACGGCACCCAAAAAUCCCCCCUCGGGGGGCAAGCCAACCAUCACGGGGUAGAGUUUGUCUCCGACCACCACGGUGCCUUUCACAUCGUGGUGAUGAACCUGACGCUGCAGGACAGCGGGAAUUACUGCUGCUACGUCGUGGAGGCCAGGCGGGAGCACGGCAAGACCCAAACUCUGCACGUUGCUCACAGCUUUGUGGAGCUGCAGAUCCGGCAAGGCAGAGGAGGGCUUCAAAACUGCACAUUUCAUACUACCACCAGCAAAGAUAUCACAGCCGCCGCGCUGGCAACGGGCGCCUGCAUCGUGGGCAUCCUCUGCCUGCCCCUCAUCUUGCUCCUGAUUUACAAGCAGAGACAAGCUGUCAGCAACAGACGUGCCCACGAACUCGUCAGGAUGGACAG